AUGUCUAAUCUAGGUCUUCAAGUUAGACAGACGGUGCCGGCAAUCGACCCUGUCGUUGCGGACUAUGCUGUUGGCUAUCUCGGACAUUUGACAAACUCUACGGAGGACUCUGUGCUUGCACAACAGCUGGAUGUUUCUAAAGAAAUGGAUUUUCUGCGCCAACUGCUCAUUAGUGCCGGUGGAGAGACCGACAAGGUGGACCAGUUGACAAACAAAUUGCAAGAGACCUUGAACAAGCAGCUCUCGGACAACAUGGCCAAGCUGGCCGUCACAGGAGACACGUCCAAACGGCUUUUGGACAUCGAUCUGAUCAAUAACCAGCAAAGAGACCUGGACAGCUCGCUGGCCCUACUCAACUCCACCUCAGACAUCGCACACACAGGAAGACAGAUGGAGACGCGGGUGGACAAGAAGAAGCUGCAAAAAGCCGAGGCCAAGAUCGCCAAGAAGGUGGCCAAGCGUGCCAACAAGUUUGUUCAGUACGAGGCCUCGAAGCUGCUCAAUUCUCAGGACAAGGAGGACUACGACUCGUUCUUCCUCAAGGUGAACCCGAUCGACUUUGGUGCUGGUGCUGGAAAGUCCAAAGAUAUCAAGGUGGACAACUUUGAUCUGUAUGUUGGAGCCGGUAAGCGGAUUUUGUCCGAUGCGUCGCUCACGCUAGCGUACGGACGUCGCUACGGUCUGGUUGGUCAGAACGGUAUCGGUAAAUCGACGUUGUUGCGGGCGUUGUCGCGCAGAGAGCUCAAUAUCCCGAAACACGUGACCAUCCUGCACGUGGAACAGGAGAUCCAGGGAGACAACGUUCCUGCGUUGCAGUCUGUUCUGGACGCCGACGUUUGGCGGAAACAGCUGCUGAACGAGGAGGCCAAAAUCGACGAGCGGAUUGCCGAGAUCGAGUCGUUAAAGUCGGAGUUCGAGGCCGAGUCGCUAGAGGUGAAGAAGCUUGAAAACGAGCAGAACGACCUGGCAGAGCGGCUCGAGGAGGUGCACGAGAAAUUGAGCGAGAUGGAAAGCGACCGUGCCGAGGGCCGUGCGGCCUCGAUCUUGUUUGGGCUUGGAUUCAGCGAGCAGGCGCAGCACCAGGCCACCAACACGUUUUCUGGAGGAUGGAGAAUGCGGCUUUCUCUUGCCAGAGCUCUGUUUUGUCGGCCAGACCUGUUGCUUCUUGACGAGCCGACAAACAUGUUGGAUGUUCCGUCGAGCACGUAUUUGGCUCACUAUUUGCAAACGUAUCCUGCCACCGUUCUGAUUGUUUCUCACGACCGUGCUUUCUUGAACGAGGUGGCCACAGACAUAAUCCACCAGCACUCGGAGCGACUGGACUACUACCGUGGCUCCAACUUCGACUCGUUCUACAACACCCGCGAAGAGCGUCUCAAGAACCAGAAGCGCGAGUACGAGAACCAGAUGGCGUACAGACAGCAUCUGCAGGCGUUUGUGGACAAGUUCCGGUACAACGCUGCCAAGUCGUCGGAAGCACAGUCGAGAAUCAAAAAGCUCGAGAAACUGCCUGUUUUGGAACCACCGCAGGAAGACAAACAAAUCACAUUCAAGUUCCCAGAGCCAGACAUCAUCCAGCCGCCUAUUUUGCAAUUGAGCGGUGUUUCGUUUGGAUACGACCCAAAGAAACUGCUUUUGAGCGACGUCGAUUUCGACGUCGCACUCGACUCCCGUAUUGCUCUUGUUGGUGCCAACGGAUGUGGUAAGACAACACUUUUGAAGGUGCUGAUGGGCGACAACGUUCCUUUGGAGGGAUCUGUUUCCAAGAAUCCGCGUUUGCGGGUCGGAUACUUUGCCCAACACCAUAUUGAUCAGAUGGACCUCGACAUGAGCGCUGUCAGCUGGCUCAGCAGCAAGUUCCCGGGAAAAACUGACGAGGAGUACAGAAGACAUCUGGGAUCCUUUGGUAUCACCGGCUCGUUGUCCUUGCAGAAGAUCGAGUCGUUGUCCGGAGGUCAGAAGAGCAGAGUUGCGUUUGCUUCGCUGUGUCUCAACACUCCGCACAUUCUUAUCUUGGACGAGCCGUCCAACCAUCUGGAUACCUCUGGUCUGGACGCGUUGAGCGACGCUCUGAAGAACUUCAAGGGUGGUGUGUUGAUGGUUUCGCACGACGUCGCCAUGAUCAACAGCGUGUGUAACGAGAUCUGGGUCAGUGAAGACGGUACCGUGAAGCGUUUUGAUGGAGACAUCUACGGCUACAAGAAAUAUAUUCUUGCUAAGGCCGACGCCUCAGGAGUGGUCAACAGACAUUAG